AUGACUCUGUGCAACUCUAUUGCCAUGGCUGGUGGAAACACCUACAACGAGAAUUGUCAGCAACAGGCCGCUGUUUUGGUUGCCGCAUUGCCCUUGUUUGAUGACAUUAAAUUUGGCACAAACGUUACGAUUGCUGAUUAUGGUUGCUCUCAAGGCGUGAAUUCAUUGAUGAUGAUGCAGUAUGCUCUUGACCGCUUGCCUCCUUCAUCUACUGCCUCUCUAAUCUUUGAAGAUCUCCCCUCCAAUGAGUUCUCAAGUCUUAUCAAACUCCUUCCGCAAUUAUAUGACUCCAACCCAACUUUAAAGAUUUAUCCCUCUCUAAUCCCCAAGUCAUUCUAUGAAUCUGUGGUUGCUCCAGGAACUGUAGAUAUUGGAUUUACGUCCUGUACCAUUCACUGGCUUAAACGGUUGCCGGCGCCCAAACCAUCGGGAGAGACAGUUCUUGAAUAUUAUCAGAAACGUCCUGAUGCCAAUGCCCCCGCUGCAAAAGAGGACUUGCGAGAGUUCCUAGCUUUUCGCGGUCACGAGAUCAAACGCGGAGGUUAUCUUAUCAUUGGUUGUCUUGGUGCUUGUACUAAGGAGGAGCUGGCUAAUCAGUACAACGAUGCUACUGCCAUACGCCACAGAGUCAUAUUCCGAGCUGCUGAAAAGCUCGCUAAUGAAGGAAAAAUCCCCCAGAAGGCGAUGGAAAAGAUUUUUAUACCCAUGCAUGAUCGAACAGAAGAAGAUUUUCUUUCCGGAGUUGCGGAGUUUAGUGAUACGUGGGCUAUGGAGAAAUAUGAACGCAAGAUUAUUCCCCAUCCAGCCUACUACAGGUUCCUCGAAGCAUGCGAAGGUGCGGAUCAGGACAAGAAAAAGGCUGCGACCAAAGAGUACGCUGGAACUAUGGUAGACUGGAUUCUCGCAGUCAUUGGGGAUAUGGUAAAGAGCUGGUGGCUGGAGUCUGGAGUCGAAACAGAGAGGGUUGAUGGGCUUUUCAAGAAAUUGAGAGAUAAUGCAAGGGACCUCCUUGCGGAGGAAGAUAUAGGAGGCUCCGUAAUGCCCAUGAUGUACACUAGGCUUAGAAGAGUCUGA